UAAUUGAGGUGUCGAUUUUUUGGGUCGUAGAGAAAGUCCGGAAUUUCUAUAUAAGACCAGCACCCGCUCUCACAAACUUCGUUCCCAAACCAAACAAGAAAACCAAAUCUAAAUCGAAAGAGAGAGAAAUACUGAGAGAGAAAGAAAUCUCUCUUCUUUCUUUUUUUCUUUUUCCAGAUUCUCCCCAUUUAUAACUCAUGGCGGCAUCUGUUGAAAAUAGGCAGUUCAGUCACCUUGAACCGGGUUUAUCUGGCGUUUCCCGGUCUUUCAAGCCCCGGUCUGAUUCCCCGAUUCGUGGUUGCAACUUCCCGCCGUCCAAUCACGAACUCCCAUUCCAAAAGCAACCGAAUAUGCCCAUGUACUACUCGUCGAGUGAAGAUGAGGAUGAUGACGACGACAAAAAUGAAUACCUUCAAAUGAUCAAAAAAGGUAAAACUGAAUUAGAACCAUCUGUUCAUGACACAAGAGACGAAGGAACCGCUGAUAAUUGGAUUGAAAGAAACUUUUCUUUAAUUCGUCUUACUGGCAAACACCCAUUUAACUCUGAACCGCCUUUGGCUCGGCUCAUGCACCACGGUUUUAUUACCCCGGUCCCACUUCAUUAUGUUCGCAACCACGGUCCGGUUCCCAAGGCCUCAUGGGCUGACUGGAGUGUGGAAGUCACGGGACUAGUGAAACGCCCAAUGAAGUUCACAAUGGACCAGUUGGUUAACGAUUUUCCCUUGAGAGAAUUCCCCGUUACGCUUGUAUGUGCUGGCAAUAGAAGGAAAGAACAGAAUAUGGUUAAGCAAACUAUCGGUUUCAACUGGGGUGCCGCUGCCAUUUCAACUACUGUAUGGGGCGGGGUACCCCUCCGCGUCUUGUUGAAACGAUGUGGUGUUUACACCAAGAAAAAAGGGGCGCUUAACGUUUGUUUCGAAGGUUCUGAUGUGUUGCCUGGAGGUGGUGGUUCAAAGUACGGUACAAGCAUUAAGAAAGAAUUCGCUAUGGAUCCAGCGAGAGAUAUUAUCGUGGCUUUCAUGCAGAAUGGAGAAAUGUUGACGCCGGACCACGGGUUUCCUGUAAGGAUGAUAAUUCCAGGAUUCAUUGGUGGAAGAAUGGUGAAAUGGCUCAAGAGAAUUGUUGUUACUACACAAGAAUCAGAUAGCUAUUAUCAUUACAAAGAUAAUAGAGUUCUCCCUCCUCAUGUUGACGCUGAACUUGCAAACGCUGAAGCAUGGUGGUACAAGCCAGAAUACAUCAUCAAUGAGCUCAACAUAAACUCUGUAAUUACAACACCGUGCCAUGAAGAAAUUUUGCCAAUUAAUGCGUGGACUACCCAGCGACCUUACACGUUGAGGGGCUAUGCUUAUUCUGGUGGAGGUAAAAAGGUAACUCGAGUAGAAGUGACCUUGGAUGGAGGAGAGACAUGGAGUGUGUGCACACUAGAUCACCCAGAGAAGCCAACAAGGUAUGGCAAAUACUGGUGCUGGUGCUUUUGGUCACUCGAGGUUGAGGUGCUCGACUUGCUUAGUGCCAAGGAAAUUGCUGUACGAGCUAUCGAUGAAACCCUCAAUACUCAACCCGAGAAGCUUAUUUGGAACGUUAUGGGAAUGAUGAACAAUUGCUGGUUCCGAGUGAAGAUGAAUGUGUGCAAGCCUCACAAGGGAGAGAUUGGAAUAGUGUUCGAGCACCCGACCCAACCUGGAAACCAAUCGGGUGGAUGGAUGGCAAAGGAGAGGCACUUGGAGAUAUCAGCAGAGGCUCCUCCAGCACUAAAGAAAAGCAUUUCAACUCCAUUCAUGAACACAGCUUCAAAGAUGUAUUCCAUGUCCGAGGUCAGGAAGCACAACCAUUCUGACUCUGCUUGGAUCAUAGUCCAUGGCCAUAUCUACGAUGCCACACGUUUCUUGAAAGACCAUCCUGGUGGUGUUGACAGCAUCCUCAUCAAUGCUGGUACUGAUUGCACUGAGGAAUUUGAUGCAAUUCAUUCUGAUAAGGCCAAGAAGCUCUUGGAGGACUUUAGAAUUGGUGAACUCAUAACUACUGGUUACACCUCUGAUUCCUCUCCAAACAGUUCUGUCCAUGGAUCUUCUUCCAUCAGUAGCUUUCUAGCACCUAUUAAGGAGCUUGUUCAAACACCAACAAGGAGUGUGGCCCUUAUCCCAAGAGAGAAAAUCCCUUGUAAACUCGUCGACAAGCAAUCCAUCUCCCCUGAUGUUAGGAAAUUCCGUUUUGCAUUACCCUCUGAAGAUCAAGUCUUGGGCUUGCCUGUUGGCAAACACAUAUUCCUCUGUGCCACAAUUGAUGAUAAGCUCUGCAUGCGCGCGUACACGCCUACUAGCACGGUCGAUGAGGUGGGGUUCUUCGAAUUGGUUGUCAAAGUAUACUUCAAAGGGGUUCACCCUAAAUUCCCUCAUGGUGGGCAAAUGUCACAGUAUCUUGAUUCUCUCCCAAUAGGAGCAUUUCUCGACAUGAAAGGUCCAUUAGGUCACAUUGAAUACCAAGGAAAGGGUAAUUUCUUAAUCCAUGGCAAACAAAAGUUUGCCAAGAAGUUGGCAAUGAUAGCUGGUGGAACAGGGAUAACUCCAGUGUAUCAAGUGAUGCAGGCAAUCCUGAAAGAUCCAGAAGACGACACGGAAAUGUAUGUGGUGUAUGCUAACAGAACAGAGGAUGAUAUUUUACUCAAGGAUGAACUUGAUGCAUGGGCAGAGCAAAUACCAGAUAGAGUUAAAGUUUGGUAUGUGAUUCAAGAGUCUACAAAAGAAGGAUGGAAGUACAGCACUGGCUUUGUUACAGAUGCCAUCCUAAGAGAACAUAUCCCAGGUCCAUCUCACACAACACUAGCAUUGGCUUGCGGACCACCUCCUAUGAUUCAAUUUGCUAUCAAUCCUAACUUGGAGAAGAUGGGCUAUGACAUUAAGGAUUCCUUAUUGGUCUUCUAAUUGAAGGAUGAUAACAAUAUUUAGCAAUAAUAAAUUCUUUUUUGUUUCAGUUGUACAUAUUGUUUUUCGUUUAUCACCCCAUGUACUACUUAUAGUUCUUACAUUUUAUUUUUCAACUUUAGGUAUAAAGUAUUCUCUUCCAACAAAGUGAUUCUUUAAGGAAGAAAUGUUGUACUAUACUAGUAUGUGUAUGUCGGAAGGUUGUAAUAUGUACCAUGACACAAUGUAUAUUCAUCAUGGGAUAUAUAGUAACGUUAUGGUCGCAAA